CACGAUGUCCGCAGGAGGGGCAGAGCUUUGAGAAGAAAGAGCAGUGUGGUGGCAAUCCGUUCAGCAUUUAUUACAUUCUGCACAGGGAUGACCCCAACCCCCAGGAACCAUAAACCUCAGACACAACACCCAGAGCACACUGCGCCUGCGGAGGCUAAUUCUCAGGGAUGAGGGUAGGAAGUUGUACAGGCGGCUCCCCUGUAAGCAAGCCCCAGGACCGUGCAACAGACGGCCACCCCUGCACCCUCCGAUGCCUCCGCUGGGCACCAGGAGGCUGUGGUCCCUCGCAGCACUGCGCCGUGUCUAUGUCCAUCCCGGGAAAGGCCGGGCCUGGUGAGGACAGCGCCCACCUAUUCCUGGAACCUUGUGGCUACGACUCAGUGGCUGACGGCGCCCAGGCAGGAGUUGGUGUCACGGCGGGAGGCCACCUGCACGAAGGGGAACAUCCUCCACACGGUGGGGCGGCUCGCCUCUGUCCAACGGGCCACAAGCAGAGGGGACGACACAGCACGAAGGUGGCCAGGUGCGCCGCAGCUACAUACGGGUCCUUGAGGAUGCAGCGGCAGCCUGGGGAGCUGCCCGAGUCGGCCGACGGAGGAGGUGCCAGAGCAGCUGCCCCGGCAGAGGCUCGGGAUGAGCAGCGGGAGGAGGAGGAGCAGCAGGCAGACUGGGGCCCUGGGGAGCCAGGUGCCGCCUGCCCGAAGGGGAAGAAGCUCUCCUCCACAUGCAGCCAGGACACCAGCAGGGCCGAGGGCCCGAUGACAGCAGCUACAGGGCCCCGCGGGAGCUCCACGGCCUGGAGAAAGGACUCGAAGAGCUCAUCAGUCUCCAGGUCAUACUGCGUCGCCACCCUCCUGUGUAGCAUGAUCUGAUGUAGGAUGUGAGAGUCCUGGGGCCAAGGAAGGACAGGAUGCAGACAAGAAGGGGGGUGAGGAGUGGGGCACUGGGCUUGUCCCAGAUCUUUGCUCACAUAGGAACCCACCUUCCCUCCAAUGCCAACCAGCCCUGCCUGUUCCCACUGUUGGGUCUCCAGCUCCUCCAGGAAAGCGGCCUUGAUGCCACCCCCAACCGCCACCUGACAAAGCCUUUAGUGUCCUCAGCUCCGCAUGUCUUAACUCUGUCGCGACAUGUUUGACGCAGGGGAUGGCCCAGACAGGGUCCUGCCCAGGGGGUCUAGACUCUAUCCCUCACCUUUGCUGGCUGGGCACUCACCACUCUCUCUCUCAUCCCGUCACCCUGGAAGGCAGGAAGGCAACCAAAGUGCAUCAGAAACAGUCAGUCCCCUGAGCCCAAAAUGAGGCCGGAACGUCCCCAGCCUUUCUCAAAGUGGAGGACCUCCAGGGUCCUCCAAGGUGAAGGCUUGCCCAGAAAUAGCACCCGGACCUGGCCCAGGCUCGGGGCUACCGAGAAGCCGGGACUGCACCGGGGAGCUGAGGCCUCAGGCGGGAAGGCACUGCCAGCCCCCCAUGUGCUUCCUGCCCUGAAGGAGCAGCAUCCCUCCCCGUGCAUGCGCAAGGCCUGAGGGAGAGACCAGUCCUGCCCCGAUGCUGCCCCCUGGAGCCCUCAGCCCCACCAGCCCUGGGGCCAGGACCGGGGCUUAGGUGGGUCCUUCUGGCAGUCCUCUCCAAGAAGCCCAGGCCCUGGGGUGGAGGGGAGACUCUCAGGAAUGGGGGUGGCCCGGUGCUGAGAGGUCCAGGCUCACUGGGGGAUCUCCCCUCCCUAAAGCUCACCAUCCUGCCCCCCUGAGCCCUGCUGGGUCACUCACAUCCACAUGAUGUUCCUGUUGUUUCUCUAAGGCAUCACGCAGGAUCAGUCCAAGGAACGGGACCAUGCCCUGUGCCACCGGGGUGGGGAGGUGAUGAGUCCCCGCCUGCCUUAGGGGCACCCACAGAGCCUCCCCUGAACCCCACACCCGCAGCCCCCAGCUCCCUUGGACCACCCUGUGCGGCCUCCCCCCCUCCCUUCGCCCAGCUCUCCCCUCCUGGUCCCUCCCAGGGCUGGCUUUUGGCCAUUCCCAGGACCUGUGGGCCCUGCAGCUGUCCUCCAACUUCUCCCUGUACCCAGCUGCUCUCGCCCUCCUCC